AACCCCACGAAUUCGAUAAAUAAACGUACAACCUCAGCCUACAACCUUACAAACCACCCUCCGACGCAACAAACAAUCUCCUCACAACAACAAGAUUGACUUUGAAUUAUUCAAUCUUGUCGCCUUCACUUCAUUUUGACUCCUACCAAGUAUACUUUUUAUACUUGAUUUUAUCUAGUACCUUGGGUAGUCUUGCCGCACGCACACCGUCGACAAAUACCUUGAUUACAACCUUUUUUACCCACCACCACCACCACCUACCCCAGUACGUACAGGAUACCUCAGCCUUCCUUGCAUCGCAGAUCAACCACAAGUCAAAACUAUACAUUGUGACGCGAUCGACAGAUAAGAUCCUUCCAAUUUCGACUGCCUUUUCCAAAUAGCCCGCAGUAGGAAGAGGAUAUAAUCUCCUCCGCACAGCUCGUAAAAGAUGGUAGAAGGGGAACCGAACUCUCCAACUUGGAAGUUCACUCAGUUAGUAUACCCUUGUCGUAUAGUCUUUUCAUCUGCCACCUGUGAUGUCUUUGGGUGAGGGGUUCGAAAUGUGUUUUCUCGAUUGAUUGCGUCACUGUCGUGAAAUCAAAGCUAACAAAUUGUUAUCAGAUGUUUUGGUGACAAAGGCGAUGUCGAAGAUAUAACAGAAGGUAUUCUCCUCUCUCUACUUCUACGCAUCGAUAGUGCUUUUCGUUGUCUGCGGGUAGGACAACCUUCAUUCUAUAAGUACUGACAUGGCGGAUUACAGCGGACAUCAUAUCGACCGUCGAAUUUGAUCACACCGGAAAUUAUCUUGCCACAGGAGACAAAGGUGGACGUGUUGUCCUUUUCGAAAGGAAUGAGACGGUACAGAAACAAAGCCCUCGUCUAGAUUGUGCAAGUCGCGGAACUGACACUAUCUAGAAAAAAACAUGCGAGUACAAAUUUCACACAGAAUUUCAAUCUCACGAGCCCGAGUUCGAUUACCUCAAGUCAUUAGAGAUAGAAGAAAAGAUCAACAAAAUUAAGUGGUGUCGACGACAAAAUGCUUCCCAUUACCUACUUUCAACGAACGAUAAGACUAUUAAGUUAUGGAAGGUGUUUGAGAAGUCACUGAAAGUUGUUGCAGAAAACAACCUUUCUCAUGAUUUGACUCCAGGAAAUCCUGCCGGAGGCGGUGGUGGCAUUCGACCCAUAUCAAAUGUUCAUUUCAACAGUUCCCACGACCUUAAAUUACCCCGCCUUACUCAUCACGACACUGUUGUUGCAGCAGUACCACGUCGAACAUAUGCAAAUGCACAUGCAUACCAUAUCAACAGCAUUUCAGUGAACAGCGAUGGGGAGACAUUCAUUAGCAGUGAUGAUUUGCGGAUAAACUUGUGGAACUUGAAUAUUCAAGAUCAAAGCUUCAACAUCGUAGACAUCAAGCCCGCCAACAUGGAGGAGCUUACCGAAGUCAUCACAGCUGCAGAGUUCCACCCACAAAGUUGCAACUGGUUCAUGUACGCGAGCUCAAAAGGCACAAUCAAGCUUGCAGACAUGAGAGAGAGUGCCCUUUGUGAUCAGCAUGCAAAGCGUAAGUUUCCCAUGUUGUCAAUUUUCAAAUUCGGCUAACUUAUACCCAUUUUUAGAAUUCGAACAGGAAGAAGACCCCUCUGCGCGAUCAUUCUUCUCAGAAAUCAUUUCUUCCAUUUCAGAUGUUCGAUUUUCUCAUGAUGGUCGAUACAUUCUUUCACGUGAUUAUCUUACUGUUAAAAUCUGGGAUGUUAACAUGGAGAGGCAACCUGUCAAGACGAUUCCGAUUCACGAGCACCUUCGACCACGUCUUUGUGACACUUAUGAGAAUGACAGUAUCUUUGACAAGUUUGAGGUGGUAUUCUCUGGCGAUGCAAAGAAUGUAAUGACCGGAAGUUAUAACAACAACUUCAUGAUCUACCCAUCAGACCCCGACAAGGAAGUGGAGGUAGUCCUGCAAGCUGAUAAAUCAGCUUUCAAGGCUAAGAAAGUUGGUGUUCCAACACCAAUUAAUCCAACCGGUAGCCCCACCGCCGCGAACGGCAAAAAGGGCAACUCGAGGGCAGGUAGCCCAGCUGCCGGUGUUGGUGGCCAAGGUGGAAGGAUGAAGAAAGAAACAGAUGCAGAUCAAAUCGACUUCAACAAAAAGAUCUUACAUAUGAGCUGGCAUCCUUUCGAAGACAGCAUCGCAAUUGCUGCAACGAACAACGUGAGUGAUAAAGUAAUGGUUUCUCCAGGAACAUCUACUAACUAUAUAUUUAGCUUUUCGUUUUCUCCGCAUUGUAGAAAUUGGCAAUAUGCGGAAGCUGUCUUCAGGUCAUAUUUAAUUUGCGUUUUCAAUGUGUGCUGGCUACAGCGCAUCCAGCCCAGCGUUGUCCUUGAGACCUAUUCAUAUUCGUGGCAUAGUUGGUUUUCUGUCACGGAGAAACUAUUAUCAUUGAGUAGCGGGACUGCAGCACUUGACAGGUGUUGCAAUAGAGGGUGACGCAAAAAGCAGUGGUGGCUGGUGAGUUAUCUUUUGGAGACUGUUUCGUUCUCCAAUUACCUGGAAGCUCUUACAAUAGUUGUCAGGUUAAGUUGUUCGAGGCAACGGCGUGAUGUGUGUGUGCCUUGAAGCAGCUUUUUGAUGAUCGAAGUAGCCUAGUCUAAAUCACAGAUGAACAAUGCAUGAAAUUUUGAAAU